GUGAGGAGGAAACGGCAGACGUGAACGGAAGGCAUUCGUGUGGUGUCGUGUCGUGCACGCGGGUGUGUUGGAGCUCCGCGCCCGGUGUCUGUUUGUUUGACCUCGUACCGGAUUCACACGCGCUCGGUGUAGGAGCGGAAUACACCGCCGGUGCGCGUGCACGCUUUAACAUCCCUGUGACCGAGCAAAAGGACACGAGACGAACCGACGACCGGAGCGGAGGAAUAAUGGACAACAGCGGCACGAGCCGAACACAGAUGGAGGGGGGUUUGGGAGGAAGCAGCACAGGGAUGAAGUUGGAUGUUAUGAUGGAGCAGUUACAGAGGCAACAGCAGGUGCGUCUGGAGAUGCAGCACAGGGAACGACUGUUGCGUGAGGCUCACAUCAUGUACGCGCAGCAGUUCGCCGCGCAGCAAGCUAUACUAGCAGCCGCCCGGGCCAAUGGAGCCGCCUUCAUGGGCACGGGGACGGCUGAACCCCUGGGAUCCGGCCAGCCGCCUCGGGUCUCUAAUCAGAGCAGCGUGGACUCAGAACGAGAGGAUGAGGAGGAACGGGGUCGAGGCUCAGGUGAGGAUGAAGAUGAUGAGAUGAUCGAGGGAGAUGAGGGCAGUGAUGAAGACAAGCAGCCGGACAGCAGUCUGGAGUUUCUCAGGAAUCAGAGUUUAGCGCUGCGGCAGGGAGGCGACCAGAGAUCCCCGUCACCCACUGUCAGGGUUAAACAAGAGCCAGAGGAUGAGCUCUCACCCGCGGGACGGCCGUCCACGUCCUCUCCUAACGGCCAGUUGGAUUGGAGCUCCAAUCAUCAUUUUAAAAUGAAUGGAGAUGUAUCCUGGUCAGAUGAUGUUGAGAACGCUCGUGCAAGAGGUGAAGCCUCCAGAGAUUUUGCAAGAUUAUAUGAGAUUGACGGUGAUCCGAAGAGAAAAGAUUUUCUUGAUGAUCUGUUCACUUUCAUGCAGAAGAGAGGGACACCGGUGAACCGAAUUCCCAUCAUGGCGAAGCAGGUGUUGGAUCUGUAUAUGCUGUAUAAACUGGUGACAGAGAAGGGAGGACUGGUGGACGUUAUUAACAAGAAGAUGUGGAGAGAAAUUACAAAGGGUCUCAACCUGCCCACCUCCAUCACCAGUGCUGCAUUCACACUCCGGACACAGUACAUGAAGUAUCUUUAUCCAUACGAGUGCGAGCGGAAAGCUUUAAGUUCCCCCUCGGAGCUUCAGACAGCCAUUGACAGUAACCGUCGUGAAGGGCGUCGACCCACCUACAGUAACAGUCUGUUCCGCUUUAGCUCCUCCCCAAGCUCCGCCCCUCACAUCCUCACCCCAUCCAAACUACAUCUGUCGGCUCUGGGUGUCGGGGCCGCGGGGGCCCUGAAUGGCUUUCAGGCUUCUCCAGGGCCGUCUUUGAAGAAAGGAUUCGAGGACGCUGUUCCUUCUCUAUUGGCCGGAUGUUCACCGUCCAUACCCCUGACGGUCAGACAGCAGCAGAUGGGUCUGGCGCGGGCCGCCACGCUCGAGCAACUGCGAGAGAAACUGGAGACCGAAGUUCCUGAGAGAAAGAUGUUUCGACUGGCCGAAGAACAGCAGAGACGCAUGCAGCAGGUCUUUCAACACAAUCUACUUACCAUGACCUCUCAGAUCCCUAUGAACCUGCGACUGGGAGCUCCACCCGCGGUGGAUGAGAAGCGUGAUCUGUCCGUCAACAUUUCCUCCACUGGAGCUGCUGGGAUCACGGUGUCUGUGGACGUCAAUGGCAUCACAUACUCGGGAACUUUGUUCGCCCAGAAGUCAGCGGCUGCCGGUCCAAACGUGUCUGUUGGGUCUACCGGACCUUCAUCUGGACCCACUGGGGUGUUUACCUUUCCUAGCUCCGCCCCCAGCCCAAGCCCCACCUCCUCUUACUCCUCCAAGGGUCCAGGAUCAGCAGAAGCGUCCACCAGCGGCUCACCGUAACCCGUGCACGACUCUGUGAUGUCACCGAUCAAACCGCACAACGAGUACCUCAGUCUCCCUGUCAGCUUUUGGCUGUCUGCAUGUUUCAUAUUUGCAAUUUUUGGAAAGUUUCUCAACACACAAGCACACGCAAUAAUGUUUCACACCUCACAUUAACCUUUACAUAAGAAAGAGUUCACACAUCUGUUGUGUGUUUAAUGCUAAAUACAAUCAUAAGAAACGGCCAAAUGCUGACUGGUUUUACAGAACUUGAAGAUUUUUAUUUACAAUAAUUGUUUGUGUUUUAUUCAUCUUAUUUUAAUAUUUUAAUUCUGUUUGCAUACCUCAAACUCUCAGCAGUGGAGGAUUAUUAUUACCUCGGUAAAUACUUUAUCUGAAUGAAUUUUUAUUUUUUAGAUUCUACUUGAAUUUUUCUGAAACCGAUUGACGCAGUUCCUUGUGAUUUUUAGUAUGUGAACGUAGAUUCAUCACGCGAACGCUCCCGCAGGUUCUCUGUGCAUGUGAUGGUUAGAGAAGAGGAAAGGGGGUUUGCGUAACAGACUUCUGUAUUCAGGAAAACGGGUCACAACACUUCCAGUUCAGGUCUUUUUAAUGUUUUACUGGAGAUGCAUUCAAAGAAGCUACCAAAGAUCAGCACAACCAAUGUCCAGAUUGAUAUUUUGAAAUUUAAUUAUUUUUGAAAGAUGACAUUUGGAUACUAAAACAGAAUAAAUGCAACAAACAAGCAAACUUAGUUAGCUGAUAGUUAAGGAUAGUUCACCCAAAAAUUUAAAUCCUCUUAUCGUUUACUCACUCUCAUGUUGUUACAAACCUGUAUACAAUUUUUUUUUGUUCUGAUGAACACGAAGGAAGAUAUUUUGAAGAAUAUUUGUAACCAAACUGAUUAUGAGUCUCAUUUAUUUCCAUAGUAGGAAAAAAGAAAACUAUGGAAGUGAACGGGGCUCAUGAUUGGUUUGGUUACAAAUAUUGCUUAAAAUAUUUUCUUUCGUGUUCAUCAGAACAAAAACAAUUGUACAGGUUUGUGACAGAAUUUUUAUUUUUGGGUGAACUAUCCCUUUAAAUGUUUAGAAGCAUUGGCAUCAUUUAAUGGUGUUGUUAACAUUUUCUCCACAAGCAGAAGGGAUGUGACAUUCGGCAAAAGCCCAUUUUGGACAUUAUUAAGGAUUCCUUGAAUAAUAUUUGCUGUGGAUUUCAAAAUGAAAUGUGAAUAAAUAGCAUGCAGUUGAAAAGUCAUGCAAAUACAUACAUCAAAUUCCAAUUUUGCGUGCAUAUGAUACGCCAGUUUUUCAUGUUCACUUUUAUCUUUUCAUGUCUUUUUUUCAAACCAGUGUUGCUUGGGUUUGGGGUUAGAUUUGGGAUUUGCUUUAGGAUGUUAUUUAAUACAUAGGUUUCUUCAUGUUUUUUGUCUAUUUUUAAAUCAUUAUAAUGGUAAAAAACUGAAAAACAAAUAAACCAAUACAUAAGACAUCAUGAAAAGACGUGGCGUUUUAAGUGAAUGGGGAAAGACUGGUGUAUCACAUGCACACAAAAUUGGAAUUUUGGCAUAUUUAUUGCACAACUUUGAACACUGCGUGCUAUUUAUACACAACUCAUGAGAAUGAGCUCGUCCUACCAUCUGCACUGAACCUCAGCAGGCUUUGGAUGUGAGUGAAUCUCAUGAAAACAUUUUAAACCUAAAAGAAAUGAAAUUGGAUAUUCUGCUAAGUUUUAUUUCAUUUUUUUAUAAUAAACUCUGUGCAAUUAAACCUCAGAAAUUUAAGGCUACUAACCAACAGCACUACAUUGUAUAACAUAACAUGUUUUGUUUAAAUCAAAUUUUAAGUUUGAGAUUGUUUUAUGUCAUGAAUUUUUUUGGGGGGGUGGGGGGUGCAAAGGGAUGCGCCAUACACCAGGGCAGGUGCAUGCCAAACAUUUUGAGAACCACUGCUGUAAUGUGUCUGGACAACUUGUGUUUUUUGGGGGGGAUUUUGUUUUAUUUAAAUGGCCAUUUUAGGAUUAUAAAACAUACUCUACAAUAUAAAUGAUAUAUUAAAGUUUUUUUCCUCUGUAAGGAGAAUAUUUUUAUCAUUUAUGAGGAAUGUAAGAUGAAAAAUGCCACAAUGAAAAAUAUCUGAAUAGUUGUUAUUGUUUUGUCAAAAUUGUUAUAUCAGAACACUCAUGAAUGAUCUGAUAUCACCACAAGUUCUCAGCCUAAACUUAUUUAUCACCAAAACAAGACGCGUAUGACCUGAAGCAAACGUCAUAAAACACAAACCUCAGUCAACAACAUUCAGUGAUGUGUUUGGAGAUCUUUAGUUUCAUGUGUGUGGUGUAAACCCAGCAGUCACAUCAUAUAAACUCAAUCCAUCAGGGACUCUUAACGUUUUUUCAUCUUGUUUGUUUUAUAGAUGGACAGUAAAUCCACAUUGAUGGUUUAGUCAGAGACUUAGUUUUGCUUUUCGUAUGGGAAGGCAUCUCUCUCAGGAACAACUCUGAUGUUAUUUGUAAGAUAUGCAUGAAUUUGAUGUUUACCUCAGACUCUGAUGAGAUUUACACCAUGUACCUCAUAAUGCUGCCGUGCCGUGAACUCCUCAGGAAUGCUCAAACUUCACUAUGUGGGAUUGGGAAUUCUGGACUUGACUCACAAACUGAACUAAACUGCUUUUACUUGUUCACUUUAUUAAUAGGAGUCGUCAAUCAGCUGUGUAGCGAUUUGUACAAUCAGAUGUUCAAAGUUUAAACCUGCUUAACCAAACCAACUAAACCUCUAGAUAGCAGAGAUGAUCAGGUGAAAGCCUGCGCUGCAUUACAUCUGUUUACUGAUGUUGGUUUUCAAACAUUUGUAUUGUAGUGGAGUAAAGCUUUGAAGGUUUGGGGCACUCGGGUGCUCCCUGAUAGGAAAUAUUUUAUCCUGACAUGCUGGAUUUAGGGCCUUGUGAUGCUUAUGUACUUUUAUAUUUAAUGAUAUAUCCUAAAUAUAUGACUUGGGCAUCUUAACCGUUGACAGGCACGCUGCCUCUCUCUCUCUCUCUCUCUCUCUCUCUCUCUCUCUCUCUCUCUCUCUCUCUCUCUCUCUCUCUCUCUCUGUGUGAAUCUUGCAAAAAGAAAUGACAGAAAGUACUUCAGUAAAUCAGACAUUAUAGUCAUGAAGUAGGAUUGCAUUUCAGGGUAUAUGUCAGAUUAAUCAUUAUGAAAGCGUGAGUGUGUGUCAGAGAGAGAUAAGACAUCAUUUACAUCUGUGGUUUAACACUUGGGGGCGGUUUCCCGGACAGGGUGUAGAUUAUUCCAGGACUAGGUUAUUUUAGGACAUUUAAGAAGUUAUAACAAACAAACUUUACAAAAAAACUCUACUGGUUUGCAUCUUGAGACAAAACAAUGACACUGAAAUAUGAUAAGAUAUGUCAGUACAAGGUGUUUUGAAAUGAAAGUAGCUCAAACAUGCGUUUUAGUCUGGGACUAUGAUAAGCCCUAUCAGGGAAACCUCCCCUAUGUGUCGCUCUGACCCAUUUUGUUGUAGUUUUGUUUGUUAUCACUCAGGAAGUCUCAUUUUUACAACUUGUGUCAAGGUGUCAGUGGUUAUUGAAUACUUUACUUUAUUUUCUGUUUUUGUGAAGAAGUUUGUUUAAAGUUGUCCACAUCUUCACUGAAUUCAUGUGCAGUGGGGCUGUCUGUGCAUAUUUUUGUACUGUUAUAAUGUUAU